AUGGGGGACGGGCGCGCGGGCGGCGCCAACCGUCCGGCGUGGCUGCAGCAGUACGAGCUGAUUGGCAAGAUCGGCGAGGGGACCUACGGUCUCGUCUUCCUCGCGCGCCUCAAGCCGUCCCACCCGGCGCCCGGCCGCCGCGGCCCCCCUAUCGCCAUCAAGAAGUUCAAGCAGUCCAAGGAGGGGGACGGAGUAUCACCCACCGCAAUUAGAGAGAUCAUGCUCCUGCGCGAGAUAAACCACGAGAAUGUCGUCAAGCUCGUCAAUGUGCACAUCAACCACGCUGACAUGUCCCUAUACCUCGCAUUCGAUUACGCAGAGCACGACCUCUAUGAGAUUAUCAGGCAUCACAGGGAGAAGCUGAGCUCCUCCAUUAACCCAUACACUGUCAAAUCCUUGCUGUGGCAACUGCUCAACGGCCUCAACUAUCUUCACAGUAACUGGAUUAUACAUCGAGAUCUAAAGCCUUCCAACAUACUGGUCAUGGGAGAAGGAGACGAGCAUGGAAUUAUAAAGAUAGCUGAUUUUGGACUUGCUAGGAUAUAUCAAGCUCCACUGAAACCAUUAUGUGACAAUGGGGUUGUUGUAACUAUCUGGUAUCGUGCUCCUGAGCUGUUACUUGGGGGAAAGCACUACACGAGUGCUGUUGAUAUGUGGGCAGUUGGUUGCAUUUUUGCUGAACUGCUCACACUGAAACCUCUGUUCCAAGGUGUGGAAGCGAAAAAUACUCCGAACCCAUUCCAGCUUGAUCAACUUGACAAGAUUUUUAAGGUCUUAGGCCACCCUACAGUUGAAAAGUGGCCUACCCUUGCCAAUCUUCCAUGGUGGCAAAACGACCAGCAACACAUUCAAGGCCAUAAGUAUGACAACCCCGGUCUCCAUAACAUUGUUCAUUUGCCACCGAAGAGUCCUGCAUUUGAUCUUCUCUCAAAAAUGCUUGAGUAUGAUCCCCGAAAGCGUAUAACAGCUGCACAAGCUUUGGAGCAUGAAUACUUUCGGAUGGACCCACUACCUGGACGAAACGCGCUUUUACCAUCCCAACCAGGGGAGAAAAUUGUACAGUAUCCUGUUCGUCCAGUAGAUACUACAACAGAUUUUGAAGGAACAACGAGCCUUCAACCAACUCAACCGCCAUCAGGGAAUGCUCCUGGAGGUCAAUCUGUAGCAAGACCCAUGCCACGACAAAUGCCGCAGCAACCUAUGGUUGGGGGGAUGCCAAGAGUGGCAGCUGGAGCAAACAUGGCUGCCUUCAAUGCUGCAUCACAGGCUAGCAUGGCUGGGUUAAAUCCUGGUAACAUCCCUAUGCAAAGAGGCGCAGGUGGCCAGUCUCAUCCGCACCAGUUGAGAAGGAAGGCGGAUCAAGGGAUCGGGAUGCAGCAGAACCCUGGGUAUCCUCAGCAGAAGAGAAGGUUCUGA